AAAAGAGGUGUCGCUCACUCACCUGUAGAGCAAACCUACAUACAUGAUGGAGUCAAAACGGGCAUGCACAGAAAAUGGAGCUCAUUAUGCAGCCACAAAGCAGUACAAGGUGUUGGUGUCUACUAAUGGAAAGAAUGUGAGCCAUUUUUCCCUGACACUGGUGGACUCAAACAAUCAGAGCAGUGAGACAACCUGGGUGACAAAAUCAUGGACUGAUAUGUUUUAUGGAUUGGGAAAGGCUGCAGUGGACAAGUUCAGGGGCCUGUUUCAGAAAGGAGGAUUACUGACAACUGAGAUCACUAUUUACAUCAAUGUAGAGAAGGACCUUGGAGACAUUGUGCAGGUGAAAAUUGAAAAGGACAAUACUCCAUGGUUUUGUAAAUAUGUCCGAGUGAAAUCUCCCUCUGGAAAGACCUUUGAGUUCCCCUGUUAUGGCUGGUUAGAAAAAACGGAAGUGGUGAUCAGAGAGGGCAGUGCUCGAUUGCCUCAGGAUGACACCAACAUUUUUAAAAAGCAAAGACAAGAAGAACAUAAAUUUGGAAAGAAAAAAUUCAGAUGGACACAGAGCCGCAAAGGCUUCCCUCUGAACCUAGAUGCCAAACUGGAUCAACUGCCUUUAGAUGUUCAGUUUGAUGAAGAUAAAACAUCGGAGUUUAACUGGAAUAUCGUAAAUGUGCUGUUGAAAGGAGCCAAUGACAAGCUUAAAAGUUAUUUUCAGUCCUGGGAUAAAAUAGCACAUUUUGAAGCGAUAUUGGCAGAUUGGGACAUCAAGAAGACUCUUCUAGUGAAUGUGAUGGAAGACUGGAAUACGGAUUACAUGUUUGGCUAUCAGUUUUUAAAUGGCUGCAAUCCUGUCAUGAUCAGCAAGUGCGUGAAUCUUCCAGAGUCAUUUCCAGUCACACAUGAGAUGGUGGAGGGCUCUCUGCAGAGAGGUUUCACCUUACAAGAGGAAUUAGAGAAGGGAAACAUCUACAUAGCGGAUUAUAAAAUCUUGGAGGGAUUGAAAGCCAAUAAGACACGCAAAAACACCCAGUGCUACUUGAGUGCACCCAUCUGCCUUCUGUACAGCAACAGACUGGACCAAAUUGUGCCAAUUGCCAUUCAGCUCAGUCAAACACCAGGGGAAAGGAGCCUGAUCUUUCUGCCAAAUGAUAAUGAACACGAUUGGAUGCUUGCCAAGAUGUGGGUAAAGUCUUCAGACUUUAUUGUACACCAGCUGGUCACACACCUUCUCAAGACACAUCUGAUAUCAGAGGUUUUUGAAGUAGCCAUGUACAGACAGCUUUCUACCGUCCACCCAGUAUACAAGUUACUGAUACCUCAUGUCCGUUUCACAAUUGCAAUCAAUGCACGAGCCCGUGAAAAUCUCAUCAGUGAAGAUGGGGUCUUUAGCAAGGUACUGUAG